GCACACACAGGCAAGAGCACAUCAGGAUGAGGUGGUGGCUGCUCAGGCCCGUCUCCAGCGGAGUGGGUGUGGCGACCGACCAGAAUUCACCCCAGGAUUGACUGGUAGAUCGCGACCAAUGCCUUGGACAUGUCUGUUGUAUGUUUCUCUCAUCCUGUUAUUUUGUUACAGUUUUCUCUCAGUUUAUUAUUAAGGCUUAGUUUACAUUUACAUGAGCCACGUAUUUUUCUGAAACAAAAAAAAACUCUGCUGAGGAAAGGUGUAGAAUAUCCUAAACUUGAGUGAGCGAAGGGAUAUUGCCAGUUUGCCAGGAGGAUUGGUUUGGUUAAUCAUCCCCCCACCUCUACAACAUUCCCAUCCUACAAAAACACUCAAAGCUUACUAUAGAGAAGUGAGAAGUUCAGGUAUUGCAUUUGUCUAAAGAGGCAGGGAAACCUGUAAGACACUUCUCUGCCCAGAAAUGUUGGCAUUUGCACCCAUUUUAUCCAGUGGGCAGCCAGUGACCUCCCUGGGUUCCUGAAUGGCAGGAGGCUGCCCAUUGCAAGACAGAACUUGCAAAGAGAAUAUUGAAAUGAGUUGCACAGGCUGCUUUUACAGAAGUAGGGCAAGGUCUGAGAGAUUCAUAUGGACAACUUGUUUUCCUGGGUUAUCAUCACAAGAAGGCCAUGGAAGAGAUAAGUUUUUCUGGAAAAGAAAUCAGUUAAAUGGGGCCUUGUAGCUGAUCAAUUGAUGCUUUGUUCCCUAGCUAAUGACAUCUAGCAGUUCCACUAAAAAGCCUUUUUGCAAAUGUAUCAAGAAAGUUAUGCCUAUGUCAGUGGGCAUCACUCCCUCCAUUCAGAUCCUGAAUUCUCUUGCCCAGACCUAACAAUUGCAGCACAAACAGUUUACAAUGGAUUAUACAGUAGAACAAAGAGUCCAGUGUCUGGAAGAAUCCUCAGAAUUAAGCAAAGAGGUUUCUGGUUAUCAUUGUCCUGAUUCAGUUCUCAGUUAAAUGGCUGAAUAUAGUUUAAGCCUUUAUUUCAGUUUUAAUUGGUGGUGUCAGAGAGUAUGCAUACAAAUCAGGCUCACACUGCUAAGUCUGUUAGUAGGUUAACGUAUGACUUCAAGUUGAAAUAAUUUCCUUUAUUUCUUUUAGCAAUAUAUCACAUUUAAUUUUACUGUAUAUUUAAAUAUAAGCUGGAAUCAUAGAGUUGGAAGGUCUUUAAGCAGAGGCUUGACAGGCAUAUGUCAGGAAUGCUUUGAUGGUGUUUCCCGCUUGGCAGGGGGUUGGACUGGAUGGCCCUUGUGGUCUCUUCCAACUCUAUGAUGGUUAUCUAUGCUGUAAAGCUGUGUUUCCCAAACUUUGAAUAAUCAUGUACGCCUUCUGAAAGUUUAUUCUUACUGGCAUUCCCCUUCUUAGAAGAAGAUAAUUGGGGAGUAGUUUUAAUAAUACUAUUUUAGCUUUGAAUUGUUUUAUGCAGCUAAAAAAGCUAUGAUGAAUUAUAAUUAUAAUUUCUGCCAUGUACCCUUUGAACCCCAUUCAUGUCUCGCUAAGGGUACAUGUACCACACUUUGGGAAACACUCCUGUAAAGGAUCGAGCCUUAUGCCUCUGUGUUCAAGUGGCAGAACUAGCCAGCUUCUCUUGAGCACAAGGACUUCCCAGUUGCAGGGAGGGCAUCAUGGUGAGGGUUGUGAGAGAAGACCAGUUGUUCUGGGAGCAUCCAAAACUGAAGUUGGCACUUGGAGAUGCUUAGCUUUGAAGUAGCAGGUUGUCUUGAGCUGCAAGUAGAUGGGUCUCUUCUAAUAUUUUCAGAGAGCUCUAUUGGCUGCCUUGUCUAGGAAUGACGUUGUUGGGAUUAGCCUCUCUGAAACGUUUUUCUGUACAAGCCCCAUCAAAUGAGGAGGAGGAGUAGGAGUUUAAAAAUAGUAUUCUGUCUCAUGUUUUUAGACCCUGCUUAGUCAUGCUUUGUUUAUGUAAUGAUGAAAGAAUUGGAGAAAUCUGCCUUAUCCAUAAAGUAUCUGCUGUGGACAGUGAUACUACUGUUCAAAUGGUGGCUUUACACACACACACACACACACACACACACACACACACACACACACACACACACAAACACACAUUUUAAAGAGAAUCCCCAGAGAAUUUACAUGAACAUUCUAAAUUUGAUACUUAGCUGCAGAAAUCCUAGGAAGUGUGCACAAACUAGUGGUUUUUAGAAGUUUGUCUUCCUAUCUGUUGUUUUAAGACUUAAGUGAAUCUGGUAAAAAGAAUUUGAAUGGAAAAAGAUGUUUUGCUUUCCAAUUACUGUAUCAGAGAGAGAGAGUGUUCCUUGCUUUCCUCUGUCUUGUCAAAUAGCUGAUUAAUACCACCAUCUAGUGGGAAUUUAGUUUAUAGGUCAUUUGCUGUUUUAACACCCAUCACUUCUGUAGCAGCUGUGGCCAAUCAAUUUAAUUUACACUGGCCAUUGGCAUUACUCCAAAUUCACAGUAACUGCCGAUAUGACCAGUAGUGAGUGAUUCAGCACCAAAUUAAAGGGUUUAUCUAUUUUUGUGUCAUAAAUUAACAGUUCUGUUCCCUUGCCUUUCAGUGUGUUUCUGUAAAUUCAGAAGCUGCUUAAAUUAAGGAGCCAUUCAGAUCCCAUUACGAAAAACAAUGAGUUAUGAAGCUACAAUUUGAGGGCAGAAGGAAAAUGAGCUUCACACCGUCAUUUAAAAGCAGCAGCAAAGAAUAUGCAUAAAGCUUCUUCACUUGAUCAACCAAAAACACCACAAAACAAAACAAAAAUGUGCUAGCCUUUUCCCAGGUCUUUCCUGACCUGACAGUCAUUCAUCUUUACUGACUACUAACUGUAUCCAUGGCACAAAUUCCUUCUCCCUCCCUUUACCAUGGGGUCUCAGCAACCUUUUCUGCCUCUUACACGCUACGGAAAGGAGUCCUGGCAGUCCAGUGCCAACUUAGGGUGCUCCAGAUAGAACGGGAAGAAAUUUUAAACACGAUUGCGUUCUGACGCGCACCAGUCUCUUGGAUCUUGGUGCUGCAGGUGCAGCUGGAUUACGAUAGUACAAAAAGAGAAUUUUGAAACAGAGCCCAAGUCGCCUGCUAUCAAAACUGGCCACUUGGACCAGCCCUUGGGGCAUCUUACUUGGGGAAAAUGAAAAGUUUCAGAUCUCAGGUUCCCUUGGGUGUCAGAAUGACAGGGAAUGAGAGGUUUGAUUGGGGUUCUUCCCUUGCAGUUAAUUGCCUCUCUAAGGACAAUUAGGGUGGCUGGAGAACCCCAUUUCUCCUGUUCUCCACUCCCCCUCCUAGCUACCUAUUGCCAGGAAGACUGGGAGUGAGGGCAAAAGAUAUAGAAAAGUUGAGUUUGAGAAUCUUGGUUGCUGGGUGUUUCAGAGAAUCCCGCCCACGUCCGCAUGUGCUGCUCCUGGUGAUCCCAGGAUCUUUUACUAAUUUAUGGCUGGCCUGAUCAAGCAUUGCUUCCUCUGGUUAGCCCCGUUGGAACUCCAGUUAUUUCCAGACCCUGGGAUCACUGGAGGACUGGUGGCUCCUCCUGGCAAAUGGCCUGGUGCGCGCUGGUCCUUCCUCGCCCCCAGAUACCGGGCAACCGAUGGUCCCUUCGUGUGUCGCCAUCUGUUGUAAACAAAAUCUGCCCUUACGGGGUAUACAAGAGCCCUUAUAGAGUCCUUUGCAGGUUCUCCAUCGGUAGGAGAAAAUAACAGAGGCCAACCAGAGAAUAUUGGGAAGCAAAGCAGCUUGUAAGCCUGUUCUUUAUUGAACUCUUGCAACAGGGUGCUCCCCUUCCAGGCAGGAGAAAGGAGGAGGACCCAGAACAAAGGUGUGCCCACCCUUAUAUAGACAUUUUAAAUUGCCUGCCCUGGAGUCCAAGACCACCCCCAGAAACCUCAUACAUAGAUCACAGAAGGGGUGUAGCCCAAGACCACUCCCCAGAUACAUCAUACCUACAUCACAGAAAAGGCAGUCUACAACAGAAAUUUGAAUGUUGUUGUUUUCCUGUCUGCCAGGUUAUCUGAUAAUGCCUUUUCUGGUGGUCUGGCCAUUCCUUUGAGAUGGUAAUCACUUAAUUCCUGAGACAAGGGGGAGGUUUCCUCACCCCCUCCCUCCUUGCAGAGAAACAUUUGGUCAGUUUGGGGAGUCAAAAUGGUUUCAGGACUAUGCUGCUCCAGACACGUGGUUUAUAUUUUUGUGCACCUGUUUGCUUAGGUAUAUAUAUGAUCUUAAUUUAUUUAUUUUUACACUCCUCUUCAUGCAAACUCUGAGGUAGUGCGGUAAGCAAGGCAGCAUUCUCCUUGUUCCGAUAUUCUUCCAGUUCCUGCUUUGAAAGCCAGGAGGUGGCAUCAUUGAGCUAUAGGUUUGCACAGCAGCUGUGGGAGCCUCUUGUGGAGAGAGGAAGAUACUGGAGGUGUUUGCAUCCCCUCUGCCUCACCUCUGAUGGGAGAAGGUCAGAAGGGGAAGCCUGAGAUGGACCAAGCAGCAAGACACAUGGGAGCUGAGAUGGUUUACAGUACGGAGUUGUCCUUCUCUCAUCUCUUUCCCCCAGUAGCUUUACAGCUGUGAUUGCAGAGGCCAGCCAAAUGGCAUAUGCCCCAAUAAGCAAAGUCUGUGUCCUAAAUGCUGCUUACAGAUCAGGCAAAUACUUCUCCUGUAACUGCAAAUUCCUCACAUUUCUGCAUUUUCUUUGGGGAUGGGGAGGAGACUGUAUGUUGAUGCUUGCCUAGUGGUGACACCAGCAAGUUAUUUAAAUAGGAAUUAAAUUGCGGUACUGGGUUGUUUAUUUUCUGUUUUAAGAUAGUAACAUUUGUUUUGGGAGUAGAGUAGAUGUGUUGCCAUUUGUACAUCUAUGGGUUUAAUAUGUCAUUGUGUGAAAUGAAGGCAGGAUUGGCUGAGUAUGUAGGGCACAAUUGUAUUAGAAUUACAUAACAAUGUUUGAGUGGUGGAACCUGAUGAAAAGACAGGGAUGUUAGAGUCCCUUAACAGACUAUAUUGUGCCACAAUGAAGACAGCUCAAGCUCUGCAACGAAUGUGGCUACAUGCUGUGAAAAAGUUGAGGAUUCUAAAAUGGCAUGCCCCAGGCAUGGAAGAGCUGAUAUGGGAACAGUAUACAGUGACCUUACAAAGGGACUCAAAGCGAGGGUUUGGGAUUGCAGUUUCUGGUGGCAGAGACAACCCUCAUUUUGAAAAUGGUGAAACAUCCAUAGUUGUGUCAGAUGUCCUUGCAGGUGGCCCAGCAGAUGGAUUACUUCAAGAGAACGAUAGAGUGGUUAUGGUUAAUAAUACACCCAUGGAAAAUGUGGCCCAUUCUUUUGCUGUGCAGCAGUUAAGGAAAAGUGGGAAAGUGGCUACCAUUAUAGUUAAAAGACCUCGCCAAGUGCAGCUCCCAGCUGUGAGAAGAAGCCCCUCUCUGGACUACGACUACCGGCCCUUUGACGUUAUGGAUAGCCGUGCUGAGUUUGAUGGCAGAAGCACUCGAAGUGGCUACAGUGAAAGGAGUUGGUAUAGUGGGAAUGGGGGCCGGAGCCAGAGCUGGGGAGACCACCUGGACCGGGGCUACAGGACUGGCCGUGACCGGGGGCGCCAGCACAGCAGAGAGCGCAGCUACAGCCGCGAUCAAAAUCGUGGCCAGAGCAUGGACAGAGAGAGGAGCUUGGACCACGAAUACCAAAGACCCCGAAGCAGAGGCAGGAGCAUGGAUAGAGAGGAUGAAUAUGACCGGCGCUAUGGUGGUGAUCGGAGUGUGCACCGAGACUACGACUGGAGAACCCGUCUUGAAGCCCCUCGUGAGAGGGAAGCCAAGAGCGGGAGCAGAGACCGGCUUAAUUCCCGCAGCCCUUCCCCCGAAUUGCAACCUCAGUAUGACUAUGGAGCACAUCAAGACCCCGGUGGGCCAGUUAAUGUUCUCCUCACAAAAAGCAGAUCAAAUGAAGAAUAUGGCCUUCGACUUGGAAGUCAGAUUUUCAUCAAAGAAAUGACCAGCACCGGGCUUGCAACCAAGGAUGGCAAUUUGCACGAAGGGGACAUCAUUCUCAAAAUCAAUGGUACAGUGACAGAGAAUAUGUCUUUAUUUGAUGCCAGAAAAUUGAUUGAGAAAUCAAGAGGAAAACUCCAGUUGGUUGUCCUAAGGGAUAGAAAACAAACCCUAAUCAACAUUCCUUCCAUGCAUGACAGCGAGUCAGAAAUAGAAGAUAUUUCUGAAAUAGAGUCAAACAGGUCUUGCUCCCCUCAGGAUGAUAGGAGGCUGCACCAUUCAGAUUUAGAUUCUCAUUCUUCCAACGAAAAGCUAAAGGAAAAACAGAGUGCAAAAGAAGAUCCUGCCAGCAGACUCUCCAAAAUGGGAGCAACACCUACGCCUUUUAGAUCAACCAGUGAUGUCACUGCUGCUUUAAUCUCAGAGACAAAUAGUGAACCUAAGUACCAAGACGAUCCUCCAGUUGUUCAGCCCAAGCCAGCCCCAAGAACGUUCCUUCAGCCAAGUCCUGAAGACCUAGCAAUAUAUGGUCCUGGUACAAAGAUGGUGAAGUUCAAGAAAGGUGACAGCGUGGGCAUCAGACUGGCUGGUGGGAAUGAUGUAGGAAUAUUUGUUGCUGGAAUUCAAGAAGGUACCUCUGCAGAGCAGGAAGGCCUACAAGAGGGAGACCAGAUUCUUAAGGUAAACACUCAAGAUUUCAGAGGUAUCAUUCGAGAGGAUGCUGUUCUGUACCUGUUGGAAAUUCCCAAAGGAGAUAUUGUGACAAUUCUGGCCCAGAGCAAAUAUGAUGUUUACAGAGAUAUAAUGGCCUGCGGCAGAGGAGAUUCUUUCUUCAUAAGGACACAUUUUGAAUGUGAAAAGGAAAUGCCGCAAAGCUUAGCCUUCACCAGAGGGGAGGUCUUCCGAGUGGUCGAUACGCUGUACGAUGGAAAACUGGGUCACUGGCUGGCUGUGCGGAUUGAGAGCGAGUUGGAGAAGGGCCUGAUUCCAAACAAAAGCAGGGCUGAGCAGAUGGCCAGUGUUCAGAAUGCUCAGAGAGAUGGCUCCAGUGACAGGGCAGACUUCUGGCGGAUGCGUGGCCAACGGUCUGGAAUGAAAAAGAAUCUAAAGAAGAGCCGUGAAGAUUUGACAGCAAUUGCAUCUGUUAGCACAAAAUUUCCAGCUUAUGAGCGAGUCAUGCUCCGGGAGGCUGGUUUUCGGCGCCCUGUGGUGAUCUUUGGUCCCAUUGCAGACGUAGCAAUGGAGAAACUCUGCAGUGACUUGCCUGAGAUGUUUCAUGCUGCCAAAACCGAGCCUAAAGAUGCAGGCUCAGAAAAGUCCACUGGCGUUGUGCGUUUGAAUACUGUGAGGCAAAUCAUUGAGCAGGAUAAGCAUGCUCUAUUGGAUGUGACCCCCAAAGCUGUGGAUCUGUUAAACUACACCCAGUGGUUCCCGAUUGUAGUUUUUUUCAACCCAGAUAGCAGGCAGGGUGUGAAAGUCAUGAGGCAAAGGCUAAUUCCCACCUCCAACAAGAGCGCAAGGAAGUUGUAUGACCAAGCAAAUAAGCUGAAGAGGACCUUCUCGCAUCUCUUCACAGCUACUAUUGAUCUAAAUUCAGCCAAUGAUGGUUGGUAUGGCAGCCUAAAAGAUACUAUUCAUCAACAACAAAGUGAAGCUGUGUGGGUCUCCGAAGGAAAGCUGGAAGGAAUGGAUGAUGACCUGGAAGACCGUAUGUCAUACUUAACAGCAAUGGGCGCUGACUAUCUGAGCUGUGACAGCCGACUGGUCAGUGACAUGGAAGACACUGAUGGAGAAGGUGGGGCUUACACAGACAACGAGCUUGAUGAACCAAUCAACGAGCCCAGAGUUUCCUCCAUUAGUCGGUCCUCCGAGCCUGUGCAGCAGCAGCAGCAGCAGCAGCAGGAGGAGAGUUUAAGGAAAUCCAGCCCAGAACCAAGAACUCAAAUGAGAAGAGCUGGUAGCAGGGAAGUUCUGAGAGAUCCCAGCCCACCUCCAGCAUUCAAGCCUGAACCCCCAAAGGGUAAACCGCAAAACAGAGAAGAUCCUUAUGAUAUCCCUAAGAAUUACGAAGCCAGAACAGGCAGCCCUAAUGCUGCUAGCAGUGAAACUUAUGGAGUACCAAUGAAAGUGGCCCCUCCCCCAAUAGCCAUCAAACCUACUUUUGGACGCCCCAUAUUGAAAUCCUCUCAGCCACCUGUCCCAUCAACGGAGGUGGAGGAGAAAUCGGAGGAGGGGAUAGAAGAACCAGGGAACACACCAAAAUCUGUGCUGGGGAAAGUUAAAAUAUUUGAGAAAAUGGACCACAAAGCAAGACUUCAACGAAUGCAAGAACUACAAGAAGCACAAAAUGCCAGGGUGGAAAUAGCUCAGAGACACCCAGACAUUUAUGCUGUCCCAAUCAAGACACAAAAAACAGACCCAAACUGGACCCAGGCUGCCAGUUCCAGACCUCCAGAGCCGCAGAAAGCAGCAGGUAGACCUUACCUAGAUAAGCAAGGAAGUUACGGCAGUGAUGCAGAAGAGGAGGACUAUCGCCGACAGCUAGCGGACAAUUCUAAACGUGGAUACUAUGGACAAGCAUCUCGAUACAGGGAUACGGAAUUAUAGAUUUCUUGGCUACCAGAACCAUUGUAUUGGGACACACCUGCAUGGCCAAACUGAAGGCCUGGUAACUUUCAAAAAGUGUAUGUAUAUUUGGAGCUACUGAUGAACUCAAGAUGUAUCUACACACUGGAAUGGCCAAUGGAAGCAUUGGAGGGAGUGAAUCACUGUUGCCUGAACACUGUGACCUAUUUUAUAAAAGGACCAAAAAAUUAUUUUUAAUAUUUGCAUUAAUUCCUAGCAUUUAUGUCUUUUUAACUUACUCUCCUCUUUACUUACAUUGCCUUUUUAACUAUUGUUUUAAUUAUUGUGACAUGAUGGAAGCAUGAUGAAAAACACAGUGUUUUAGUGCAAGAAAAACAAAAAAGUGCCUUUCUAACAAAAACUGUCCUGAGCUGAUCUCUGACAUCUGAUGCUUCUUCAAAUCUAAUGUUUCUGUGGCCUAACUUUUGUACAUUCCAUGACUACAAUUUUCCCCUUGGAUGUUAUUUUUCUACUUUAAAUAGAUAAGUAUAAUUUUUUUCAUAGGCAAUAGCUGUACAUACGAAAAGGUAACUUUGUUGGCUGCCUGCCACAAGGCAAGGGUGCCCCAAAACUGAGAAAAUUACGUAGAAAAUAAACCAGAUGAUCUGUGUCUUAAACCAUUUUGUGAGUCAUGAAAUAAUAAAGGGAUAUAUUCUACAAACAGUUGCCUUUUUCCUUUCAAAUUAAAUAUUUUAAUAAUGCCUUGGAUAUUGAGUUGUUUAUUAAUAUCAGACGUUCGAAUGGAAUGAAGUCAUUAUUGAAGAUAUUCCUUAUUCUGUUUUGGUCUACAAAGCUUACUUUUUCAUUAUGUAUUUGAAAAGACCUCAUUUGGAGGUCUUGCAGAAGAAUGUUAGGAAAUUAAAAGUUGGCCUCUUCAAGCGAUGCA